AAGCUAUUCCAACUUUCCAGAAGUUUCUCGGGACGGGCGGGAGGAGGGGACGCCAUAUAUAGAUCAGGGGAGAGGGGUACGGCGGGGAGUGGAAUCAGUCGGUGGCGAGAGUGCGAGAGUCCCAUUCCGGCGCCAGCCCGGCCCGGCCCAGAAUGAAAAAGGCAGGCAUUGACCUCCCCCUGAGGCAGUUUCAAGCCCUCCCAGGUCCUCCGUGGUACACGCAAUCCACCUCCCAGCCAUGCGCUGCCUCCUGCUUACCAGUGCCUUCUGCCUCCUGGUCAUGGCCCUGGCCGCCGAGGUGAAGAAGCCCGCGGCGGCCGCAGCAGCCCCUGGAACCGCAGAGAAGCUGAGCCCCAAGGCAGCCACACUGGCUGAGCGCAGCGCUGGCCUGGCCUUCAGCCUCUACCAGGCCAUGGCCAAGGAUCAGGCGGUGGAGAACAUCCUGUUGUCGCCCGUGGUGGUGGCCUCGUCGCUGGGGUUAGUGUCACUGGGCGGCAAGGCAGCUACAGCAUCACAGGCCAAGGCAGUACUGAGUGCGGAGCAGCUGCGUGAUGAGGAGGUGCACGCGGGCCUGGGCGAGCUGCUACGCUCCCUCAGCAACAGCACUGCGCGCAAUGUGACCUGGAAGCUGGGCAGCCGCCUGUACGGACCCAGCUCGGUGAGCUUUGCGGACGACUUCGUGCGCAGCAGCAAGCAGCACUACAACUGCGAGCACUCCAAGAUCAACUUCCGCGACAAGCGCAGCGCCCUGCAGUCCAUCAACGAGUGGGCUGCCCAGACCACCGAUGGCAAGCUGCCUGAGGUCACCAAAGAGGUGGAGCGCACGGAUGGUGCCCUGCUGGUCAACGCCAUGUUCUUCAAGCCACACUGGGAUGAGAGAUUCCACCACAAGAUGGUGGACAACCGAGGCUUCAUGGUGACCCGUUCCUAUACCGUGGGUGUCACGAUGAUGCACAGGACAGGCCUCUACAACUACUACGACGAUGAGAAAGAGAAGCUGCAAAUCGUGGAGAUGCCCCUGGCCCACAAGCUCUCCAGCCUCAUCAUCCUCAUGCCCCACCACGUGGAGCCCCUUGAGCGCCUUGAAAAGAUGCUGACCAAAGAGCAACUGAAGACCUGGAUGGGGAAGUUGCAGAAGAAGGCUGUCGCCAUCUCCCUGCCCAAGGGUGUGGUGGAGGUGACCCACGACCUGCAGAAACACCUGGCUGGCCUGGGUCUGACUGAGGCCAUCGACAAGAACAAGGCAGACCUGUCGCGCAUGUCGGGCAAGAAGGACCUGUACCUGGCCAGUGUGUUCCACGCCACCGCCUUCGAGUGGGACACAGAGGGCAACCCCUUUGACCAGGACAUCUAUGGGCGUGAGGAGCUGCGCAGCCCCAAGCUCUUCUAUGCCGACCACCCCUUCAUCUUCUUGGUUCGAGACUCCCAGAGCGGCUCCCUGUUGUUCAUUGGGCGUCUGGUCCGGCCCAAGGGCGACAAGAUGCGAGAUGAGUUGUAGGGCCCCGGGAGGGUACGAGAUGGCAGGAGGCAGCUGAAGGCUCCUGAGAUAUGGGUGCUAUGGGGGUGGGGGGAGCUGAGGUACUCACCUUGGAUA